CUUUAGUGAGGUAAUAACAAACAUGGCGGCGCUCGGUACAGCACGGUGCUUAUUCCGGAGCUACUCCCGGGUUAAAAAUGUGCAAAAAAGCAAACAAAUGCUGGUCAAAUGUGGAACCAGGACGCUUUGUAGUGGAACUCAAGAUAACGCCCUCUCAGACAGUGCAAAGCCCCACUUCACAGACCCGGCCGUCCAGGACAUCCUCAGCAGGAUAACGGGCCUGGACCUGGAGAAAGUGUUCCGACCCAUGAAACAGGAACUGAAGCCGCCCACAUAUAAACUCAUGACGGAUGAGCAACUGGAGCAGGCGAUGGAGUUAGCCGCAGAGCAAGCCAAGAAGCUGCUGAAAAUGCCGCCUGUUCUUCAGGAGAGGAAGCCCAUCGACGAUGUGCUGUCUGUGGACAAGAUCCUGGAUGGCAUGGACACAGCCAAACUUGUCUUCACAGACAUCACCUACAACAUCCCACACAGGGAGCGGUUCAUCGUUGUGAGGGAGCCUGAUGGGACUUUGAGAAAGGCAAACUGGGAUGAGAGGGACCGACUCAUUCAGGUCUACUUCCCCAAGGAGGGACGAAAACUCACAGCUCCUCUCAUCUUCAAGGAGGAGAACCUGAAGAUGGUGUUUUCCCAGGACCGCCACGAGGAUGUGUUGGACCUGUGUCUGGUCCAAUUUGAACCCGACUCCUCAGAGUACAUCAGGGUACAUACCGCUACCUAUGAAGACGUGGAGAAACACGGCAAAUACGAGCUUCUGCACUCCACCAGACAUUUUGGAGGCAUGGCGUGGUACCUGCUCAACGCUCGCAGGGUGGACGGACUCGUAGUGGACAUGCUGAAGAGAGAGCUGCUCCAGGAUGCAGUGAGCCUCGUGUCUCUGUUUCACAUGGUCCACCCCCGCAGUGAGUCAGCCCAGGAAGCAGCCAGCCAGCAAGCCACUGGCACCGACCUACUGAAGAUCUACGCUCAGAAGGAGUCCCAGAGGUCGGGGUACAUCGAGCUGGCCCUGCAGGCGCAUGAACAGGUGGAUGCUGGGAGCUCUGCUGCCUGACAAGCCCACUUCUAGAUAGUUAUAUACAAAUUUCUAUACACAACAUAAUGAGGAAUGACACCCAGAGAAAGACUGAAACACUUGUAAUAUAAAUAUACGACUUAACUUACUCACCGGUCGAGUUAAGGUUAAAAUCACAGCUCACUUCAUCGACCAUCUCGUCCUUGAGGUCCUCUGCUGGCUCCCCCAGGACCCUCCUCUUCCUCCUUCUCUGCAGGUGCUGCUGUUGAGUUAAACCCUCCGGCUCAGCCUGCAGACGAACAACAGAGUAACAUGCUCUCUGCCACAUAACUUAAGGAAUUAUCUUUACAACUGCAAACAAGAUGCACAAAGUUAGUCAUUUAUCUUUGGAGAGAAGUGUUGUCUCAACAUCAAACUUAAUGUGGGAAGUCAAAAGAUGUGCUGUACAUAAAAAAUAAAAGCCUUUGUACUUGUGUGA